CAGUCAUUCAUCGCUCCUACGGCCCCAUCACAGAGGCCGCUUCCCGGUGUAGGGCCUUCUUUACCAAUUGUUCACUUCAUCAAAGCUCAUCCCUGGCCUAUUCUAGUCUCCCAUUCUGUCCGCCUUUUGUUUCGAGGCUGAACCAUAUCCGCCAUGGUGAAUACUCGACCUGCGUACACGCACAUUGCGACCGAGAACACCACGUUUGUAGACGUGGCAGCAUGGACGCGACAUGCUAUUGAAGCCAUGAAUGGCCUCUCACUGCACUCCGAUCCGAAUGCUCCUGCUCCUGAUACUUCGGGAGCCACUGUCGCAGUGCAAAUACCCCUCGAUGACAACCCUGACAGGCCAACCGCCAAUGGUGAAGGCAUAACUGCUGGACAAGCCGUGCGCGAAGGUUAUGUCCUUAGGCGUAAGAGCAGUCAACGCGACAGUAUGCGCCGGCGCGAUGCUCUCUUGAAAGGCAAGGAGGGAAGCCGGCAGAGAAGGCGCUGGGAGAAUGACCGUCUGAUUGGCAAUCCUCAUGCUGAACCACCUUUGCCUUCGGACUGGGAAGUUCGUCCAACCUACCCUGUUCACCACGUGCCUUACUAUCUCGCGCCCCUGUGGGAUGCACGCUUUGCCAAAGAAUCUGCAGCACGUCGGGAGGCGGCGCAGAAGAAGAUGCGGAACCAAAGAGAUACCGUGGAAGGAGCUGGCACCAUUCCCAAGGAUCUAAAAGAGAAGUUGAAGCGUGCCAAAGGCGCGAAAGGGCUUCUGCAGGAUCUGGAAAACGAGAUUCGCCAUUUCGUCGCGAGCUGGGCCGCCCGUGAGAAUGAGGAAGAGUGCGGGCACACAGAUUCAGAAGACGAUGACAUUGUCUUUAUCGGUCGGCAGGGUCAAUCAUCCGAUAGACCGUCUUCGGCAGGAACUGACGACUUUUUGGAGCCAGAGAAGCUCAUCUUCGAUUCCCUAGAAGGGGAUCAAGGUGCUAGCUUUGGCCGAUGGCUCGUACACUCGAUUGGCCAAUACUACGGCUUAGACACUUGGAGUGUUACCGUCGGCAAUCCUGCUCGGCGUGAAGCCUAUGUUGGCAUCAAAGAAGUCAGGCUAAAGACGGGCAAGAAAGCCUCGAAAAUGCCACUCCCAAGACCACUCUGGGCCCUAGUCUAGCUUUUCCGAGUAUCCUUUCGCACGCGUCUGCACUGUUUUGGCUACAUAGACUGUAAAGAUCGCUCGAGAUUGCCUUGUUCAAUGCACGAUUUCUUCGUAGACUGGAAUGACUCAAGUUCACUUUGUUUCAAACUCGUGGUGUAAAUUUGCUCCUGUCAUCUAUUUUCAUGGUGCAAUCAUGCGACUUUCGUGUUUUCCACUUAGGGUGCUCCCCUGUACCUUGUUCUUAAUUAGGCUAAACAAUAUGGAUCAACGGC